GGAGAUCAUGUUUUUCUGAAGGUUACUCCGACCACAGGAGUAGGUAAGGCGAUUAAAGCGAAGAAGUUGAAUCCUCGAUACAUUGGUCCAUUUCAGAUCCUGGAGAGGAUUGGACCGGUGGCGUAUCGGAUGGCUUUACCACCUCAUCUUUCAAACCUCCACGACGUAUUUCACGUGUCGCAGCUUCGGAAGUACACUCCUGAUGCUAGCCAUGUGUUGGAACCUGAGUCGGUUCAGUUAAAAGAAGAUUUGACGCUUCGAGUGGCUCCAAUUAGAAUUGAUGAUACUAGUAUCAAACGAUUGCGUGGAAAAGAGGUUUCAUUGGUCAAAGUUGCAUGGAGUCGAGGCGGUGUUGAGGAACACACUUGGGAACUUGAGUCAGAGAUGCGAACGGACUAUCCGCACUUAUUCUCAGAGGCGGAUGAUAGCGGUGGAAGUGCUUGUUAUGCCAUGGGCCGUAGGGCCGUAACUGUUAAUGUAUUGGCUGGUUCUAGAGGGAAGUAUUAG